AUGGCUUCCUUUUUCAGGAUGGUUGACAAUGGAAUCAAACUUUCCUCCUUGUUGUCCAUCCCUGACAUCAGCGAUGUCCAUACCAUGAACAAAAUAACUUCUGAUGAACUCAAUCGUCUGGUCAUGCAUGAGGAUGCACCAGAGGCAUCACAACUGCUGGGAUACUUGCUGUCUCAUAUUUUUAAGCCUUUCAAGGUCCCUCUUCCCCAUGUAUCUGAACUCCAAAUUCCUCUGAAAAAAAUCAUUCACCCCAAUGAACAUGUCAGAUUGCAAUAUCACGGCUUAUUGCCAGAUUCUCUGGUGCCACUGUACAACAUUGAAAUGAGUACUUGGAACUGGGAUCUUCCAGUUACUCCCCCUGGGGGUGGCUCAGACUCAGACACUAGUGGCAGUAGUCAUGGUGCUCCAGUGAGUCAGGACCCAGAGGAUGCAGAGAGUGUAACUUAUGAAGAAUUUUUCGCAUCCUUUAUGAAUGCUCUUGCUGGUUGCUUAUCAGCAUCACAACCCCUCCUAGAAAGCAAGUGUUAUGCAACUCACACAUGGAGUGCAGCCAAUGCUCACAAGGCAUUGCCUGGCAGUGAGAUAAAGUACAAACCUGACCUUGUUCUAUCUGAUGACAUCACAGCAAAGUGGGGAAAUAUCAGGGUAUCUGCAGACCCUGCCACAUCCACUUCUGAAUCCCUCAAUGAAAUGCUGGGCUCUCAGGACCCAUCCUCUGACAAUAAUCUUGAGUCUGUAGUCUCUGACUCUAGCUCUGAGGAAUGCUUAACUGACCCAGAGGACGCACAUGAAGGAAAUUCAAAUGAAUCUACUAUGCAAAUGGAAGAAUCCCCCCCAUCCCUCCCUCCAGACUUGACAGAGAGUAUAUCUUCUGUCACACCUUAUGCUUCCCAAUUUCCCUACUCUGUGCACUCACCUGAACCUUGUGGCAAGAUCCGCAUAGGGGAUGCCAUGUAUAUUAUCAAGAGAAUUCUUUCUGCAAGCCAGGGGCUUGUUGGUUGUGGAUCUAUCUGCUAUCUGGCCAGUUUGGGUGAUGAAGAUUUUAUUAUCAAGGACCAUUGGGUUCUCGGCAAGUGGGACAAUGUCAUUUUGAAUGAGAUAGAAAUGAUGAAGUUAAUGCAAGGUGUCCCUGGUGUUCCUGAGCUAGUAGAUUAUUGGCUUGUCAUGACAUCAGAUGGCAAGGUUGACAUCACUUGA